CAAGGCGAACAGGGGCCCCGGAGCCGCUGCGCCGUCGGGGCAGGGUUGUGGCUGCGAGUCCUGGAGCUUGUGUGUCUCCUGCUGUGUUGUGGGGCAAGAGGGAAGAGGUGCAGCAGAAGGGACUCUCUGAGCCACCUCCGCUCCACUCCAUGUUGGCUGUGCUCUCAGGCUGGCGCCAUGCCACCCCCAGCAGAGGUGACAGACCCGUCCCAUGCCCCCGCCGUUCUGCGCCAGCUCAAUGAACAGCGGCUUCGUGGCCUCUUCUGUGACGUCACCCUCAUAGCUGGAGACACCAAGUUCCCCGCUCACCGCAGUGUCCUGGCUGCUUCUAGUCCCUUCUUCAGAGAGGCCCUGCUGGCCUCAGCGCCACUGCCCCUCCCACCCAUCCCUGGGGGCUCAGCCCCCAACCCCACCACCACCACAGCGGCCUCCUCCUCCUCCUCUUCCUCCUCUUCCUCCUCCUCUCCCUCUCCAGCCUCACCUUCAGCUUCAUCCCCACCUCGGGUCCUGGAGCUGCCAGGGGUCCCAGCAGCUGCCUUUUCUGAUGUCCUCAAUUUCAUCUACAGUGCCCGGCUGGCACUGCCUGGUGGUGGAGGGGACGGGGCAGCUGUGGCGGAGAUCGGCGCUCUGGGACGGCGUCUGGGCAUCUCCCGCCUGCAGGGCCUGGGGGAGGGGGGUGAUGCCUGGGUGCCUCCUGCUCCAGUUCCCAUGGCCACCUCACAGCCUGAGGAGGACAGCUUUGGGCCUGGGCCUAGGCCAGCCGGGGAGUGGGAGGGGGACAGGGCUGAGGCCCAGGGCCCUGACUCACAGCCUGCCUUGUCCCGGCGGCCCCUCCCCUGCCCCCGAUGUGGGAAAAGCUUCAUCCAUCCCAAGCGGCUGCAGACCCAUGAGGCCCAGUGCCGGAGGGAGGCCAGCGCUCGGGGGUCUGCAGGGCUGGGAGCAAGGGGUUCUGUCCCCAGUGGCCCUGCAGGAGUGGACGCCUCGGCCCUGCCCCCAGCGGUAGGCUUUCGAGGUGGUCCUGAGCACGUGGUGAAGGUGGUGGGCGGCCACGUGCUCUAUGUGUGCGCGGCCUGUGAGCGUUCCUACGUGACCCUGUCCAGCCUAAAGCGACACAGCAACGUACACUCAUGGCGGAGAAAGUACCCCUGCCGCUACUGCGAGAAGGUGUUCGCACUGGCUGAGUACCGAACCAAACACGAGGUGUGGCACACCGGGGAGCGCAGGUACCAGUGCAUCUUCUGCUGGGAGACCUUUGUCACUUACUACAACCUGAAGACCCACCAGCGAGCCUUCCACGGCAUUAGCCCGAGUCUCCUGGCGAGUGAGAAGACGCCCAAUGGAGGCUAUAAGCCCAAGCUCAAUACCCUCAAGCUGUACCGCCUGCUCCCCAUGCGGGCGGCCAAGCGGCCCUACAAGACCUACAGCCAGGGAGCCCCCGAGGCUCCCCUCUCUCCAAGCCUCAACACACCGGCCCCUGUGGCAAUGCCAGCCAGCUCACCACCCGGACCCCCACCUGCCCCAGAGCCUGGCCCCCCACCAUCUGUCAUCACUUUUGCCCACCCAGCUCCCUCAGUCAUUGUACAUGGGGGCAGCAGCAGUGGUGGAGCAGGGAGUGGGCCGGCCAGCACAGGGGGGGCCCAAGCUGCCUCAGUCAUCACUUACACUGCUCCCCCAAGGCCCCCCAAAAAACGUGAGUACCCACCUCCUCCCCCCGAACCUGCAGCCGCACCAACCAGCCCAGCCACAGCAGGCAGCCCAGCCACAGCCGCAGGGCCCGCCACAGCCACGGAGGAGGCCAAGGGCCGGAACCCACGGGCCACGAGGACUCUGACCUACACGGCCAAGCCAGCUGGUGGGAUUGGCGGGGGCACGGGUCCUCCUGCAGGGCCUGGCCGGGGCCCCUCUCAGCUCCAGGCUCCACCGCCACUGUGUCAGAUCACUGUGAGAAUCGGUGAGGAGGCGAUUGUCAAGCGCCGCAUCUCAGAAACAGACCUGCGUCCCGGGGAGCUAAGCGGCGAGGAGAUGGAGGAGAGUGAGGAGGAGGAGGAGGAUGAGGAAGAGGACGAGGAGGAGGAGGAGGAGGGGCAGGGGGAGUCCAAGGCUGGCGGAGAGGACCAGCUCUGGAGGCCCUACUACUCCUACAAGCCCAAGCGCAAGCCUGGGGCCGCGGCCCCGGCUAGCAGCGGGGGCAGCGGGAUGCCCAGAAGCCGCCGGCCGCCUCGCUGGAGACAGAAGCUGGAACGGAGGAGCUGGGAGGAGACCCCAGCAGCCGAGGGCCCCACGGGGCGUGCCCGUGGCGGAGGAGGAGGAGGG